AGAGAAUAUGCGCACAAAUUUUGAGCGAGACUUCGUCGUUACCAACCAAGACAGCAGAACCAAAUGAUACAAAGAGCCCAAAUUUUCCUGGGGAAUUCUAUGUGGAAAGGGUAUUUUGAACACAGUAGGAAUUCAAUUGCAUAUGUCUCAAACUUUAGAAAUCUAGAUGAAAACUUUAGGUCACAUGAUCAACUCGAGAUUUGGCAGCCAUCUUUUUGACCUACUUUCUUCAUGCCGCAAAAAUUUUCACAUUCUUUCAAAACAACCUAAAAUCUCAGUAAAUAUCGGACAAAUGGAUACUGUUGAAGAGUACCAGCAUGGUGGGCCAAAGCAGGCAUACUUCAACCCAUAUGCAUUUAACGGAGGUACAGUACUUGCGGUAGCAGGGGAGGAUUUCUCUGUGGUUGCCUCUGAUACCAGACUUAGUGAGGGUUUCUCCAUCUUCACAAGGGAUAACCCCAAAACAUACAAUCUAACUAGCAACACAGUUUUGGGAUGUACAGGUUUCCAUGGUGAUGCCCUGACUCUUACUAAAGUUCUUGAAGCAAGACUUAAGAUGUAUGAACACGAGCAUCACAAACCCAUGUCCACAAAAGCAAUUGCUGCUAUGUUAUCCACUAUAUUAUACUACAAGCGUUUCUUUCCAUAUUACGUCAACAACAUACUUGGUGGCCUGGAUGAAGAGGGUAAAGGAUGUGUGUACAGUUUUGAUCCUGUAGGUUCCUAUGAGAGAGAAUCAUUCCGUGCUGGAGGUACAGCCAGCUCUAUGCUGCAGCCCCUGUUAGAUAACCAGAUUGGUUUCAAGAACCAGAUUGGUGUUGACCAGACCCCCCUAACUAAAGAAAAGGCAAUUUUCCUUGUGAAAGAUGUAUUUACAUCCGCUGCAGAGAGAGACAUUUACACAGGAGAUCAACUCAUUAUUAAUGUUAUAACUAAAGAUGGAACAAGAACAGAAUAUUUCCCACUCAGGAGAGAUUGAUCCACAGGGACGUUAGAUCUGUACAACAUAAAAAAGUACUUUGUACUCUGUGAAAUAAAAAGGACUUUGUUCUCCGUGAAAUAAAAAGGACUUUGAUUC